AUGACUGCAGGAAGGUUGCCUGUCCGCGUCCUGGCGGUCUUGGAUUCCUCGGCUUCUCAUGACUUCAUUCAGCCGAUCAAGAGAAUUAACGAAUCGCAGGACGUAUCAGCUUUUCUCACAUCAAAAGCAUACUCGGAUAUUAUGACUUUUGUUCUGCAGCUCAAUCGAGCAAUGUUCCCCUCAAAACUCGAGGAUGGGUCUGUGCAAAGCUGGCCUUUGGGCUCUGAAGCUGUCCAAUUUUCUGCACCUAUUCGGCAGCUACAAGUUCUGCUCUCCAAGCUCGAAGACCUUGUACAAGAGGUGCCACCCGACACUGGGCCUCGCAGAUUUGGAAACGUCAGUUUCCGGAAAUGGCACGACACGUUGGCCAGCCGGGCAUCCGCCCUACUGAGAGAGUGUUUGCCGGCAGACUUAUUGGACAGGCCUUCAUCCUCUCCCAGUGGAGUGACAGCAGAGGCUGAACUCACCGCAUAUUUCAUGGGGAGCUGGGGAAGUAGUCAACGGCUCGACUAUGGCACUGGGCAUGAGCUGAGCUUUCUGGCAUUCUUAGGCUCAAUUUGGAAACUGAAUGGAUUCCCGCAGUCGGAGUUUGGAGUCGAGGAGAGAGCUCUUGUACUGGGAGUGAUCGAACCAUACCUCGAGCUUGUGAGACUACUGAUCAAGACCUAUACGCUCGAGCCAGCGGGCUCGCACGGCGUCUGGGGCCUUGAUGAUCAUUCCUUCCUUCCCUACAUAUUUGGUUCUGCUCAACUUUCACCCGCUAUCGAUGCGACGGAUCUUACCCCUGAGGAGGGAUCGGCAGCUGGUGCACCUAGCCCGAGUCAUGUCGUGAAGCCAGCUCUUGUGGAGCGUGAGAGGCGAUUGAACCUUUAUUUCGCAGCUGUCGGGUUCAUCUACGACGUGAAAAAGGGUCCCUUCUGGGAACACAGUCCGAUGCUCUACGACAUUUCCGGUAUUCGAGCCGGUUGGGGCAAAAUUAACAAGGGUAUGCUCAAGAUGUACAAUGCCGAGGUCUUGAGCAAAUUCCCCGUGGUGCAGCACUUUCCGUUCGGGUCUCUUUUCAGCUUCGACCGUGAUCCUAGUGCCGUUGCACCGCCAACGACAGUUCAUACAACGUCUGGUCCCCAGGGUCGCCCAGUCGUACCAGACGCAGGUCCUCCAACGACUACACCUCGACCCGGCCCUGAUGCUGGUCCUAAAUAUUCAUGGGCGAAUGCAGAGUCUACAACUCGAGGUGAAAUGCCAAUGAGCCCAACUGCUGCGCCGUGGGCAGCUACGCGAUCGACAGAAGUGCCUUCAACCCUACCAGUACUUCCGGAUACAUCACGUCUGCCUCCAGGUCCUAUGGCCCCGACGAGAGCUCCGUGGGCGAACACACAAAGACCGCCCCCACCAACAGGCGGCGAGGGGCGUACUAAAGCACCGUGGGCGAAAUAA